AUGGCGUGCGCACGCCUCAGGAUACGCCACGUUGAACACGCUGUUCAGGACACCAGACAAGGAUCUGGAGCAAUGACUGGAACCAGCAAGCCAUCUGCUGGGCAAGAUGACAAGAAGGAUAACCUAGCCGAGGACUUUGACAUUGACAUGAAAGCCCCAGAAACGGAGAAAGCGGCCGUGGCCAUCCAAUCACAGUUCAGGAAAUUCCAGAAAAAGAAGCAGGGCGUGAAGUCCUAG